GAAUGGGUCCCAAACCUAUUUAGUUAGACAGCAGAGUUACCAAGAAGAGCUGGAAACACCUGAUGGUCUCUGUGGGACAAUCCGCUCCAUAUAGCUCUCCUCUUAAUUGUCGGAAGAUAAAUCUACCUCCAGGCUUCAUAUUUGUCGAAUUUUUGUUGUAUUUUCUCUUCUGAAAAAGGUUACAGAGCCAGCUGAUCUCUCUUUUUCUCUCUCUUAAUCCAAACUGAUAAGGAGACAUUGCACUAUUCUUUUUUUUAUUGUUCAUAUUUAUUGUAUUUUGCACUAACGAUGCACACCACGCAAAAGGACACGACCUAUACGAAGAUUUUUGUCGGGGGUCUUCCCUACCACACCACGGAUUCAAGUCUCAGGAAAUAUUUUGAGGUGUUUGGUGAGAUUGAAGAAGCGGUGGUCAUUACCGACCGGCAGACCGGCAAGUCUAGGGGUUAUGGAUUCGUGACGAUGGCGGACCGCUCGGCUGCAGACCGAGCCUGCAAGGACCCCAACCCAAUCAUUGACGGCAGGAAGGCCAACGUCAACCUGGCCUACCUGGGGGCCAAGCCUCGGGUGAUGCAGCAAGGUUUCACCUUUGGUGUUCCCCAAAUUCACCCUGCGUUCAUCCAAAGGCCUUAUGGCAUCCCGGCCCACUAUGUGUACCCUCAGGCAUUCGUUCAGCCUAGUAUGGUCAUCCCUCAUGUGCAACCUGCCGCUACUGCGCCCGCCACUGCUUCCUCCCCCUACAUCGACUACACCGGAGCUGCCUACGCGCAGUAUUCUGCAGCCGCAGCCAGCGCUGCCGCCGCCGCAGCAUAUGAGCAGUAUCCCUACGCCGCAUCCCCUGCCGCCGCAGGCUACAUGGCUGCUGCCGGCUACGGCUACGCAGUCCAGCAGCCUUUAGGCACAGCUGCCCCGGGCUCAGCCGCCGCUGCAGCCGCAGCCUUCGGUCAGUACCAGCCUCAGCAGCUGCAAGCCGACCGCAUGCAAUAGCAGCCACUGCAACCACUGGACAUGCAGAGCGUGGAGGCCCGCCCCCGGCCACAGCUGAUUGGUCAGGAGAAGGCUCAGCGAAGGAAAAGGAAGAGGGAGUGGCCUUAAGGGUGGGCGUGUCAGCGACUCAGA